ACAAACACACAAAAAAGCAAAGCAAAACAAACACACACACCGCAGAGAUCCCUGAGCACCAACUCAGCUGGUUCCCUUUUCUCUCCAGGGAACUCAAAAGUGGUGGUCAGGAGCUCCACCUCUGCUCCCAGGAGAACCCAUCCUCUAACACCUGGAGGAGCGGGGUCAGAGGAAAGGAAAUUUGGUAAGUGAGGUUUCCUCGCUCCCAGAACCCUCAGAUCUUCCAUCCAAGCCUGUAGUGGACAGAAGAACGCUGGCUCCGAAGCUGCCCCGGCUCUCUCAAAUUGCACGCUGGGUCUCCAGGUUUCUUUGCUUGCAAAACCCUGCGCGACGGCCACACCAAAUACCAAACCUUGGACAGGAACCAAACGGUCACUUCCCCGCCCUCCGGGCGCGGUAUGCAAAUCCAAUCACCAGGAAGUAGCUGGGACCUCUCGGCUGAGCCCAGCGACAGCCAGUUCCUCUCCCUAGGUCCCGGCGGCCGCGGUUCCCGGUCGUGUCGCCACGGGCCCUACCCGCUGCAGUCACCCGCCAGCCGCGGGGGCCCCGCACCCGCCGCCAGCCCUGCCCCGCGUUCCGCCACCCAGUGCCGUCGCGUCCCUGGCUGUGAACUGAAGUCACCGUGGAGUUCCGCCGCCGCCCCGAAACUUCCACCGCCAGCGAGAAAUAUGGGAUGUAUAAAAUCAAAAAGGAAAGACAAUCUGAAUGACGAUGGAGUAGAUUUGAAGACUCAACCAGUACGUAAUACUGACCGAACUAUUUAUGUGAGAGAUCCAACGUCCAAUAAACAGCAAAGGCCAGUUCUAGAAUCUCAACUUUUACCAGGACAGAGGUUUCAAACGAAAGAUCCAGAGGAGCAAGGAGACAUCGUGGUGGCCUUGUAUCCCUAUGAUGGCAUCCACCCAGAUGAUCUGUCCUUCAAGAAAGGAGAAAAGAUGAGAGUCCUGGAGGAGCAUGGGGAAUGGUGGAAAGCUAAGUCCCUUUCAACAAAGAGAGAAGGCUUCAUUCCCAGUAACUACGUGGCCAAGGUCAACACCUUAGAAACGGAAGAGUGGUUCUUCAAGGACAUAACCAGGAAAGACGCAGAACGACAGCUUCUAGCACCUGGGAACAGCGCAGGGGCUUUUCUUAUUAGAGAAAGUGAAACAUUAAAAGGAAGCUUCUCUCUGUCUGUCAGAGAUUACGACCCUGUGCAUGGCGAUGUUAUUAAGCACUACAAAAUUAGAAGUCUGGACAAUGGUGGUUAUUACAUCUCUCCUCGGAUCACCUUUCCCUGUAUCAGUGACAUGAUUAAGCAUUACCAGAAACAGUCUGAUGGCCUAUGCAGAAGAUUGGAGAAGGCAUGCAUUAGCCCCAAACCUCAGAAGCCAUGGGAUAAAGAUGCCUGGGAGAUCCCCCGAGAGUCCAUUAAGUUGGUGAAAAAGCUCGGCGCAGGACAAUUUGGGGAAGUCUGGAUGGGUUACUAUAACAACAGUACGAAGGUGGCUGUAAAGACCCUGAAGCCAGGCACCAUGUCUGUGCAGGCGUUCCUGGAAGAGGCCAACCUCAUGAAGACCCUACAGCAUGACAAGCUGGUGCGACUCUAUGCCGUGGUCACUAAGGAAGAGCCCAUCUAUAUCAUCACUGAGUACAUGGCCAAAGGCAGUUUGUUGGACUUCCUCAAGAGCGAUGAAGGUGGAAAAGUGCUGCUGCCAAAGCUCAUCGACUUUUCUGCGCAGAUUGCAGAGGGCAUGGCGUACAUCGAGCGGAAGAACUAUAUUCACCGAGACCUGCGAGCAGCUAACGUCCUGGUCUCUGAGUCACUCAUGUGCAAGAUUGCAGAUUUUGGCCUUGCGAGAGUCAUCGAAGACAACGAGUACACUGCAAGGGAAGGUGCCAAGUUCCCUAUCAAGUGGACAGCUCCAGAGGCCAUCAACUUUGGCUGCUUCACUAUCAAGUCCGACGUGUGGUCCUUUGGAAUUCUCCUGUAUGAAAUAGUCACCUAUGGGAAGAUUCCUUACCCAGGGAGGACUAAUGCUGACGUGAUGAGCGCACUGUCCCAGGGCUACCGGAUGCCACGCAUGGAGAACUGCCCGGAUGAGCUCUACGACAUCAUGAAAAUGUGCUGGAAAGAAAAGGCAGAGGAGAGGCCGACGUUCGACUACUUACAGAGUGUCCUAGAUGAUUUCUACACUGCUACGGAAGGGCAGUACCAGCAGCAGCCCUAGGCGCAGGGGGACCGCCUGUUGCCUCACUCAGCAGGAAAUUCAGCCUGCGGGUCAUCUCGUGCUGCGACCCGGUGUGCCGGGCUCCUGGCGGACAGGCCGAAUUACUCAGGAGAGUACCUUGGACUCGGGAAAGUGUUCUGUUCCUUUAGAUGGGUGACCACUGGGAUGCAGCAUGACCUGCACCUCAGCUGGCCAUUUGCUCUGUGGGACCGAUAUCAGAAUACAGUUUUCCAGGGGGAAACACCCGCCCUCUCCAGUAACACACCCGCCCUGGCCCUAUGUACAAUUGGAUGAGUGACCCAGGGGUUCCGAGACUGUUGCAACCAAGUCCCAGUAACAGCAGAACUUCCCUCACUUAGCAGAAAUAACCACAUUCAGAGGCAUGAAGUUUCCUUUUGUUUUCUCAGUGCUUUGGCUUACUUUAAAAAAUUUACUAAUCCAGCCUGUUAGAUUUUUUUUUUUUUACAGGCAAAGCCAGUAGCUUAAAAAUGUCUUUUCUAGAUUUAAAGGGUUUUGGGGGAAGGUUUGUUUCCCCUGCCCCCAAUCCAAGACUGUUAAAACGUUUUUCCUUCCGAGACCUUGCUGAGUUCUGCUGGGCGGGAGGCAGCUCGCGCGCCCCCUGCAGGAGCACCGUGUAAGGGCGCGCACAGCACCCCUACAGGAACGGAGCCCAGAGCCCAGCUGCAAAAGGCCCACCCAGCCCACCCAGGGGAGGGAGAAAAGCUUCAAAAAAACUCUGCCUUGUGGAGGAAUGUUUCCAACAGCCCAGGUUUUUCAGUUCCAGGAUUCUCUAGAUUGAGACUUCUUUUUUACAGUGCCCUCUGAGGAACGGUAAGAAUCUAACAGGGGCUUUUCACGACAUAAAGCAUUUCUUUCAUUGCUUCAGAUGAUUUGAACAUUAUUUUAUGGAUCAGAUAUUAAUUUUAGUUGUUAUAUAGGGAGUUAAAACAUGCCCGUUGGGGGCCAUUUUGUGAUUCAGCAAUCUUUUCCAAAUCGUGUAAGACAUGUGAGAGACUAUUUAUACCCACAGAUAUGAAGGAAGAGAAGCUUCUGGGAAGAGAUUUGAGUUUUGUCUACCUGAUUUUCUACUGUAAACUCUGAUGGAAAACUUCUGUCACACCUUUUUCAUUUAUGCUGUUGUAUAUAUACCUAAUAAUUCUAUUUUUGAUUUUAUUUUAAUAUACCCAAUAACAUCUCAAGGUUCGCGUCUUGUGUUUAACCUUUUCAAGUAUUGCCAGUGUAAAAAUAAGUGCCAGUUGGCAGAGAUUACAGACGGUGACACGGGUGUGAACAUGUGGAGUUUCUGCCUCCAUCCUUGGAGCAUUUAGAUUGGAGAGUUGAGGAGCUGAUAGCUGGGUUUGUUUUCUAACAGACUACUCAGGGCCCAUUAAAAUGCUAGUUUGGGGACUGGAGAGAUAGCUCAGGGUUUAAGAGCACCGGCUGCUCUUGCAGAGAACCUGAGUUCAAUUCCUAGCACCCACAUGGCAGCUCUCUGUAAGGCCAAUUCCAGGGGAUCUGAGGCUUCCUUCUGACCUCUGCUGGCAUUGCACAAUACAGGUGCACUUACAUACAUGCAGGCAAAACAUUCAUACACAUAAAAUAAAAACAAAUAAAUUAAUUAAUUAAAAAUGUUAGUUUGUAUGUUUAGUUUAGGCUUUAGGUGCCUAGAGGAAGGGAUCAAAUACUUUGAUUCUCACUAAAAUUUUAAUCAUUGUUUCCUGUGAUUUAAAAAAUUAUUCUUUCAAAGUAUUCUACAGUCCUUCCUUCACAAAUGCCAUAUUUACAAAGACUGUGUAUACAUUUGGUCCUUUGAUUUACAAUGGCAAAUUUUCUUCCUAUGACUCCCCCAUUCAUCUUUGAUUUCAGAACUCACAUUAUUGUGCAGUUUAUUUCAUGGGCACGCAAAGAAUCCAUAAAGCAAAAAAAAAUCUCUAAAAAUGUGCUCAGCAUCAGUAUUCGCCUUGUUUUAUUUCUCAAUUCUGCUUCCAUUUUUCCAGCUGGCAUUUCCCCUUCUACUGAGUGUUUGAUCCUUCCUACCACAUUUUCCUUCAUGGAAAAAGCAUGUGGGGGGCUGGGAAGAUGGCUUUCCAUGCAGAUGGCUUUCCAUGCAAGCCUGAAGACCUGAAUUCAAACCCCUAGAACCCAAGUAAAAGCCCAUCAUGAUCUGUAAUCCCAGUAUUCUACUGGGAGAUGGAAGGCAGAGACAGGAGAGUCCCCAGAAGCUCAGAGCCCAGCUAGCCUGGCAGAUGAAGCAAACAAGAGACCCUGCCUCAAAACAAGGUAGAUGGUGAAGAUCAAUAUCUGCACUUGCCCUCUGACCCUCACAAUGUGAUAUGACACGUGCACACCUGCACUCACACACAUAAACACAGAGAGAUUAUAUACAUACAGACAUACAUACACACAUAUGCACAGAGAGGAUUUUUUUAAGAAAGGUGUAUUAGCCAAGCUCCUUACUACAGAAACAGUCAGGAAAAGGAGUGGUCCAUGUUCUCUUUUGACAUAGAAGAAACACCAAGAGCAAAGACAUUACAAUUACAAGCACAUUUCCAUUCUGUAUGUGGCACCUGCUUUCCCUUUAUUCUUCCCCUUGAUCCCAUGGACCACAUCCAGGUGCCACAACUGCUGACAUGCUUUCGGUAGGAAACUGCACCUCUAAUAUAUUCAGCUGAACGGAAUGAAAUGCUCCCCACCUGUCCUAAUUUUCACUGCCAGCUUCCACAGCCAGCUUUGAAUCCUUCCCACUUUCUCAGCCGAAUGCAUCAGUUAGACAAGAUUGAGUCUCUGGCCUUAUUGUAGUGUCUUCUUCAUUGUUUUCUUUUACCCAGUGGGAGAGUGCAUUUUUACUACAUAAAGUUUUUAGACUAAGUGAUGCUGAGCCUCGCUAUUUUUGUAGAAGAGAAUGAUGAUUCUAAGCAAAGAUACGUAUAUUUCCACUGUUUACUCAGGUCUCUAUUUUGUUCCCUUUUUUUGGCACUUUAUAAAAAUUAUUUCCAAAUAAUUAUUUCACACAGCAACCCUGGAAGAUCUUGAAAGUGCCUAGCUCUGAUUUUGUAACUGAGGAAUUCAAACCUUCAGAGUAACUGCUCCCCUGAAGUCCACAUACAUGUGAGCAGAAACUUCCUUGAGUAAUUUUUUGUGCAGACAAAAGUCAUGCAAACAUGGAGUGGUGAUAUACACUUGUCUCACAUUCAAGUCUAGCCUGGGCUACGUAGCAAGACUGUCUCAAGGAAAAAGAAAAAAAGAUGUCAUGCAGAAUUAAUCAUUACACUGUUAAACACAAUUUGUGGGGACUAUAACUUGAAUAAAAUGUUUUGAUAAUUUUUGGUCCAUUUUAUGAGAAUGUAUUAAAACUGAUAACAUUUUAUUUAGCAAGUUCUAGACUAACAUAUGGAAAGCCUUCCAAUUAAAUUUUCCUGUGUUUUUAA